GGUCACAGAUUUUCACCAACAAUACAAUUUUGUGGGUCAGAGGGAUUUGCAAACGACCGACCGGUGUUUAGCGAGGUCACUGUUUUUCCGUGUCACAGUGCUGUAGAUUAAAUGGUCUAACAAUGGAUCGGUGUAUUAAUUCGCGACAUUUCACGCGAACACCAGGAAGAAGAAAUCCGAUAAACUUUUCGAAUGCGACGGUUUUAUUAGGUUCAUUUGAUGGUUUUAUACGUAUAUUUGGUAUAUGGAAUUUUGUGUAAUCAAUUGAAACAUAAAAAGGAAUUACUUGACAAUAAAAGUGGUGGUGGCACGGAAAAAAUUACGUGACCUUGGUGAAUGCUUGUCGAUAAGUUUUCGGAAACGUAGUAACGGUUUUGGGCUCAGUGAAAGGAGUGCCUACAAAUUCAAAUUAAUUCAAAAUCUUUUAAUAAACAACGAAUGUGUUUCCGAUGCAAUGACGAGUCGUAUGUGGCCAUCGUUCGAAAUCAAUUAGUGGUAUUCAUUAAUCAAGGCUCGGUUUAUCGUUCGAUUUGGUGCCUUCGACAAAAAUAAAAUUCGAGUUACAUUCACAGACAGACAUAACAGUACACAAUGAAUUUCUUGAGCAAUGCUAUGGCAAUGGCGAAAGUCGCCGCGGAGAAGGGGGCUGACGGUUUAACAUCACUGACAGCCAAAGUGUCCGAAGCAACUGGCGUUGAAAUGCCAUCCUCGUUUAGUGUAAUUAAUCCAGCUGUUAAUCCGACUACAUCGGCUAUAGUACAAGAAGAAGAGGAGGAAGAGGAACAGCCUUGUAAAUUUGGCCGAAUACAAUUCAAAUUGGAUUAUAAUUUCGAUAAAACCACUUUGGCUGUUACGAUAUUUAAAUGCGAAGAUUUGCCGGCUAUGGACGCUGGUGGCACAUCAGAUCCAUACGUUAGAGUAUGGGUGAAUCCCGACAAAAAGAAAGCUUUCUGCACAAAAAAGCUUAAGAAAACCUUGAAUCCGGUCUACAACGAAACUUUUACAUUUUUAAAAUUGCCAUUCAAUGAAAUGGAUGGAAAAGUGCUAAUUAUGGCAAUUUAUGAUCACGAUGCAUUAGGAUCCGAUGAUCAAAUCGGUGAAGUGACAUUACCACUGUCGUCUGUCGAUCUUGCGAGCGAGGAAACAAUAUGGAAAGACAUAAAGGAGCCACCAAGUGCUGAUGCACUGGGUGAUUUGUGUCUCUCGCUUAGAUAUAAACCGGCAAGCAAACCGCCAGCGUUAGUUUGUCAAAUUGUUCAGUGUCGAAAUUUAAAGCAAAUGGAUUUGGGUGGUGCAUCGGAUCCUUACGUUAAGGUGAACCAUAUGUUAAACGGCAAGCGAGUCAAGAAAUAUAAGACAGUUGUACAAAUGUCCAAUUUGAAUCCAUAUUGGAACACAAGCUUCAAAAUUCCCGUCAAUCCGGUGGAUAUACAAAAUAUUGAAUUGCAUAUUUAUGUUAACGAUUUCGAUAAAUUCGGCGGCAACGAUACUAUUGGUUGGUUAUGCUUUUCGCUCACCGAUAAGACCACUGCGGGAACACAUUGGCGUGAGGCAAUCAGCCAGCCAAAAACAAAUAUCACUAAGUGGCAUCCGUUACAGCCACUUGAAGACGAUAAGAAAUAAAUCAAUUUUCUUCAAAAAACAAAAUAUUUCAUUGUUAAUUUUAGAGAAAUUUGUUGAACAUGUUAAAUCGAUAAAUACGCGCAUAAAUUCACGAAUAUUAAAUUCAUUUUCUUUCUUUGAUUUGAGACACCGCCGAUGCGGUUGCAUUGUAUAUACAUUAUCAAAAAGAAAAGAAAAAAAAAACAAAAAAAAACCCACUUAUCAGGAACAUAUUAUUAUGGACGGGAGAGUCUAGCCUACGAUAUAUUAUACAUACAUAUAGUCAAAAAUGCAUGAAAGUUCACGGUUAAAUCACAAAAAAAGUUUCAAAAAAUUUAAACAAAAAAAAAA